GCCUAUUAAUCACCAAUGUUAUUUUGUGCAUUCUAGCGCCACACAACAGUUCAUGGUGAUAUCGACAUGUGCUGUCAAAUAUUCGAGUCUAGACAAUGGGAAGUGCAAAUUAUGUACCAUAGCAACACCAAAGGUUGAUAUCAGCAGACUAACCAAAAUGGUAUCUGUUGCAAAGGGUGGGUGUAAAUGUUAUUAUAUGUUAUUUUUUUAUGAGGCAGACUUUAUUUGACUGGAAUAGUGCCUAGUCUAGUAUCUGUUGUUGGCAUUUAUGCAAUAAUGCUUGAGAACCCGGGAAUUAUUGUAUGACAACUCGCGACAAUGGCUGUUCUGAGGCCCGAGGCGGAGCAACGUUUUUUAUGAGGCAGAAUUGAUUUGACUGGAAUAGUGUGUAACGCUCAGUGGUCUAGUCUGGUAUCUGUUGUUUUCAUUGUUGAUUUUGCUGCCACCUGUUGACUGUUGCAGUUACCGCACAAUUACGUUUGAGACGUAUAUCAAAUACGUCAUAAGUGAUCGUGUUUGUAUGGAACGCCUUCCAUAUGUUUGAAACAAAUCAGACAUUUGACCAUCCAUUCAGUCAUCAAGUUGGCGUCGUUGAUGGUCGAAAAUGUAUUAAUCCGCAUUUUAUUGCAAUUACAUUGCAUCAUCUUUUUUUUUGUGAUACAUCCGGUGAUAAUAUGGAGAAAAAAGAAGUUGAGGUAGGCUUUGUUUUUCAGAUUUUUUUUAUAUCACACAUUUUGAAAGGCAAGAUAAGUCUUGCCAUCUGCCAAAGUCAGGAAUAGUGAGUAGUUGGUCAAAGGUGAUCACUAAGGUGACAUUAUGCAUAGAGGACUUUCUGAUGAGAUUCUAGGGUUAGAGGUCAAAAGUUAUAUAACCUUUUGAUAAAUAAGGUAGGCUAAUUAAUGAGAGUUUGAGAAAGGUGAUAUGUAAAAUCUCAGUCACAGCACACUGAAGCAGAGAGAGAGAUGCAUGAGGCUGAUCUAGAAUCAGCCGGCCCAUCUCAGUCACAGGAGACUGAAGCAGAGCGAGAGAUGGAGGAUGCUGAUCCAGAGUCAGCUGGCCCAUCUCAGUCACAGGAGACUGAAGAAGAGAGAGAGAUGCAGAAGGCUGAUAAGGGCUUAGCCGGCCCAUCUAACACAUGGGAGCCACAUCAGACUUUUCAUUGCAACCUAUCCUUGGCCCGGAGAAGCUCCUCCUCAGAACUCAAAUUCUUAGGGGAGGAGAAGACUGAGAACUCAGAGGAGUCUUUGGGAAAUGAGGAAGAGGAUGACAACCCAAGAAGAUAUUCCUCCGCAUCUGAGGACAGAGAUAGAGAGGAUGGGGACAGACCCCGCUCAGACCCCCUGAGGUCUGUGUUUGGACUGUCUCACAGCUUUAUCUUCAGUCAGGUUCACAGAGACGCCCACAGGUCCAUGAGUGAGGUCAUACUGCCGUCCUUCCAGAGGAGACGGAAGAAAAUGAGGCCUAUUAUUCUGUCUGCGGACACCAGGCUGAUCAUGGCCAUUGUGGAGAUCAUCAUCAAGCAGAUAAAUGCAAGACUAGCCCAGAUUGUGCUGAAAGGAGGUGCCAGUCAGGGAGCCGAAGCUCCUUCGACCGGCAUCAGCUCACCGAGCAGUCAGUUUGCUGAGCAGAUGCUGAGGGCAAUCACAACCACAAUGAAUGGCCAUAUCAUGGGACAGAUGGCGCUCACUCGGCUGUCUGGAAAGUCCCCUCUGGAGAUCGAGAGCAGGCUUGAGACAGAGCUAGGGCCACUGGCAGGUCAGGUCAUUGUUGCAACCAUCAGCAGCAUCCAGAGGGCGAAGAGCGACGCUCAGACAGGACAUGAGGUUCGGGUCUCCUCACCUUGUACCUACUUCCUGUCAGCUGUGUCGGCUGAGGUGCAGAGUCUGGUGGUCCAGAGAUCAGGGACCAGGAUGUCAGCCAGACAGUCAGGCAGCAACCACCUGCUGAACCUGUCUCAGGCGAAGAUCACCAGGGCCGUCGAGCUGAAAAUGGCUGAAAUGUACGGCGGAUCCCUGUGGGAUUGGUCCCUGACAGAACAGUCUGCCAUGUCCAGUGAUUUGGUGGAUUUGGUGGUCGAUGAUACCUUGGAUGCCCUUGGAUAUCUAGAGAACCAGGCAUUAUCCGGGCCCCAGAGCGUUGGCUACCUGACAGGGAUUGAAGGCCUCGACAUUGAUGGUGUGGCAAGGGACAUGGUCCGGAAAGCUGCAGCCAAACUCAAGGCAUCCAUGUCUGAGUUUGAGCUGGAGGUGGGAUCCAGAUCCUCACAGAGCAGCAGUGGUCCCUCGAACCACUCACUUCUGUCUCGCUCCCACUCCGACCUGAGGUUGCUCUGUGUCCAGUCAGCAGUGGCAGUCAGAACUGUCCUGCAAGUGUUAAAAACAGAGCUUGACAGCAACUCAGACACGUCCUUUGAUUCGCGCCAGAUGGCUAGAAACCUUCUAGCACGUCUAGCGUCGGGUGUCGAGAGCAUCGACGAUCUGGAAAUUGGUGAGAUGCUCCAGGGCCCCUCAGCAAUCAUGGAGCCGGAGGCUGUGAGAGAACACCCAGAAAUAUCUUCCACUGCCAUCUACCACUCCCUGCUCAUUGAUUGUCCUUUCCCACCAUCAGAGAGGGUUCAGGAAACAAUUAUCCUAAGCCAUCCACUCACUGCACAGGACGUGACCACACAGGGGGAAAAGCAGCAUUCUGCUGACCUUCAGACCGACAGCCUAAUGGCAAAAUACCCUGCCAAGGCACAACGGGUAGUGACUCAGGUCAUAAGAGAUGCUUCUUUGACCAUGGACAUCCUGUCAGCCCACGUCUCCUCAAAGAACAUUGCUGAGGCCUCAACUCACAUUCUUGAGUCCCUUCUAGUGGACUUAAACAAGGCAGAUGAGGUGAGUAAGGCAGAGGGGAGCAAGUUCUGGGAAAAGGUCCAGUUAUCCUCCCAGAAACUUUACAGCACAGCUGUGGACAAGCUGAAUAGUUUGUACACUAGUUGCCUCCUCACCAACGAGCAAGACCACCAGGAUACCCAUGUAACCGCUGACAAAAUCCAGGACAUGGAAGUGUCUACCAACAAUGACCUCAAAGACCCAACAGUUGCAGUCAGCCAGGAGUCAGUCAGACGCAGCGCCAAGAAGAUCCUCACAAAGGUUCUGAAUGUGAUCAAGGCCGGAGUAGCUGGUUCAGAGCACUUAUCUGUGGGCGAGCAGAUGACCGAAGAGUGCAAAGUUGCCACAGAGAUGUUGGACUCCAUUCUGAACAGACUAGAAGAUGAUGAGCCUGAUGUGGGUGAAGAGGAUCAUCUUCAUGUGAUGUCUGUCCGUGACAUCUACCAGGAUGUCUCAUCUAAAACCUCUCAGGUUUGUAUGGUGUUGAGUAGCCAGGUGAUGGACGCGUUGACCGAUGAUGUGUCUGCCACGGCCUAUGUGCAUGAUAAUGUGUACAGGUCAGAGAGUUGUCUCUCUCAGGCCACAAGUACUCACAGGUCAGGCACUAGCCAGGCCUCCAGUGACCUUGUUGUUGAGCACAUGUCUGAGCUCCAUGCCAACUGCCUUGACACCGCAUUGCCUGUGAGGUGCACUUUUACAGCUGCUGGCGAUAAAGAGACUCGCCACGUCCCCUCUGCCAGAGUGAAGAAGAAGAGUCAGGGCCGGAGGUUCAGUUGCUGCCCAAAGUUGCCAACGGUCAGGAUCAAGGUGUUCAAGAGCAGAGUGGAACCAGAGAGCCACACCGCUCAAAAGGAGCUGCCUUCGCAGCGUUUCAGCACCUCUCGAGUUGCACUGCAUGAUGAUCAUGCUGUCCCAUUCAUUCCCCAACUUGAGGACGACCUGUCACCAGCACCUGCACAGGAGUCCCGUAAACGUCCCCUGUUGGACAGAGAGGAUGGCGGUGCCACACUUCUGGAUGAUGACGAUUCCAGCGAAUCCGAUGUAGAGAAUGAAGCAGGCUGACGGUUCAGACAACCAGGACAGCAGUGUGGGAGGAUGAGGAUGAUGAUCUGGAGGAAGAAGUGGACAUGACACACCGGUUCCGUAGAGACCUGACCAAGAGUGACGCAGAGGCCAAGAUGUCCAAACAGAAGUUACAGCAGAGGAUGAA